AAAUACUCGGAGAUGUUGCUACGUAGUUCAACGUGCACGUUUCUAUAUCGGGGCGCUGGUGGAUGGGGAUUCGCUUUUCAGUGACAUGUCCACAUUCGUUCUCUCCCGUUCUGUUGGCUUCUGUCAUGGUGGUAGCGCUGGUAGCGAACUGACGUCAUUGUUGAGUUCCGAAAUUGAAAUCAAUAAGUGCAAUGUGCAAUGUUGUGUGUACAUCGCGGAUGGUGAGAAAUGGCGAUUAUGUCAAAACAUCGCUCUAGAUCCCAUUGCGUUUGACUCGGAAUCGACGGCGCGAGCAUCCAUUGGCCGAGAUGGCUCGUAACGGCAAGAAGAAACUCGCGAUAUUCGUGGGUACAUCGAAGUGUCUCAUCUACGCAGAAGCAAAGUAUUGUGCCUCUGAUAUGCCUGGAGAAAUAAAAUACUAUGAAUGUUCAAGAACAGAGUAUUGUUGUGCUUUUGGUUGUUGUGUGUCUCCAGGAUUUCAUUUCCAUCACUUGUGGUACUACUGGAUCCUGGUUAUAAUCAUGUUCUUGGUCUGCUCCGGUGGUGGUUGGUGGUAUCGAUAUUGGUUGCAGGGUAGAUACAGAGCGGCAGCUUCGGCUAUUCCAACUCGAUCUUCCAAUAGAUCGCAAAAUUCUCUCCGUAAUACACCUUGCCAAGCGCAGCAGGCUCGCAUCACGUACAAUUCAGCAAGAAAUACCGUCCUAUUGCAUCGCAUGUGGAAAGGUCCUCAGAGAAAUACAGCGGCGCCAGCAUAUAACGGCAAUGCGACCACGUCGACACACUAUCAGAAUAUGAACGUCGUGUUGAACGACACUAAUUGUCCUUAUUAUCAAUUAUAUGGGCCUCCGCCUAGCUACGAAACAGUGAUAGCGCAAACGCGUGGCAAGCUCUCGAAUCCGGCAUCACCAGAGUCCUCGGGCGCGCGGUUAAAUCUACAGACUGCGAACGUGAUACCGAAUCCGAGUGUACCACAGUGUUUUUUCUAUAGCUGCAAUUCCCCGGCGAGAUUGGUGGAUGGUAAUGUGAGUCAAUGUCAGAACGACAACAUAAAUGCCCAUCAGCUAGACGGUCACGAGGGUGUUCCGUUCGCGCAUUUUUCCCAAUAUUGCGCCACAAAUGCGGUUGGUCAAGGUAUGUGCAUUUAUCCGGAAGAAUCGGCCGCAUCCGGGGGAAGUAGUUUCACUUGCAGUUACCAGAACAGCCCGCAUCGGUUGCCAGGAUAUUCAAUGGACAGACCAUCUGACCACACGUCGGAUGCGGAAAAUGUGGCUCGCGGCUACGAGAUUCCGAGUACGGAGGAACAUACGAUGCUCAAUAUUGAUGCUGCGACUAGCGGCUUCGGAGAGCACAGUCCUUGGCACGGAAAUGAUCAGUCUUUGUUACGAGUCCACGGUAAAAGCACCGUGCAGGAUGAAAAUCGAGCGUCUCAAAAGAGAUGCGUGACCACGGAUACGUGUACUCUCUCGCCUAAGUCGGAGAGUGGAAGCAAAGAGAACAAAUUCAAGCGUACAUUCAACGUUCCUGAGACGCAGAGAAACUUCUCGAGAGAGCGUACGAAUUACGGCGGUUCCCUCCGAUUACCGCGUAGACACGCUGGCAGUGUCGUUUAUCAAAGCGACAGCUUCCAAAAGGUUCUUCCCGGAGAUUCGUCGAGCGCUUCUCAACGGAACACUUUCAAUUCCGAUGGUGCGAAUUCUCUGGAACUAGAUGCGAAUUCUUCUCAAUCAAAUCCAUCCAAUAAUGUGAUAUUAGAAUCCUUUAUUUUUGAAAAUGUGCAAUUGCCUCCGAGUGAAAGUGUUGAGGAGGCUCGCGGUCUUUAUGCGAUGAAUCGUGCAAGUGCAAACUUUGAUCUUGAAAGUAAACAUAAAUUAGACAGAUCGAAGUCGCUAGACUGAAUGUAAAUCGAAAUUCUUAUCAAUGCGCGUGUCACGCGAUGUUUAUUCUUGUAUGUCUCUAUUAUUCGUGCGUAACUUUAGCAAUACAAACUUAAUCGUUCGUUAUCAAGAUACAUAUGCCAGUGAAGAUAACAUUGCAUCCAUUAAAGAUUAUUCUUUAAUGAAGUCUUCGAGCGUUACAAUGAAAUAACGAUUCUAUUUUAUCAGAAACUAUGCGAUGUUACUUUUAUUGACAUACGUGUGUAUGGCACAUUUUUCAGUGACUAUCUCGCAUUUCCCAAUUCCAUAAUAAUGUUUCACGUUUGAUUUGAUGAUUGGAAUGUGUAUAUGUCGUUCAUUAUUAUCUCACGCAGAAUUAGCAAACCUAAUACUAGACGUUAGAUUUAAAUUGCACUUUCGUAAUAUUUUUUGCAAUACUACAUUUCGAAGCAAAAAUAUUUUGAUUACUUACUGAGAUACUAAAUAUUAUCUCUAAGUGUGAUAGGCGAUAGUUCCAUAUAUCAGUGAAACAUCCUUAUUUCUGAUAGCUAUGACAAAUACUGCCAGGGGAAGAUCUUUCUAAAUGUCGUGUAUCAGACACCAAUUUUUUUUUCACUAUACUUAACAUGAUUAAGUAAGAUUAAGAUGAAAAUAAUGUUUCAAAAGCGCGGCCCAAUUUAAAUCCACCUACGCACAAAGAAAAAUAUCAAUCAUUACUCUAUAAAGUAAUGAUAAGUAAAUCGCACAUUUUUUUCAAUUGUCAAGAGGGAAAACGUACUUACAAAUUACUUAUGAAAGAUCAUAGACGUGGCUAAGAUCUUCAAUAAAAAAAAUUCGUAAUGAAUAAGAUUUAUUUGAAAUAUCGUAAAUUUUGACGUAUUUUUUCUAAACAGUAAUGUUGGUAUAUUGAACUUGACAAUGCCGAAAUGGUCUCGCUCUUCGUCCGAUAUAUUUCUAUUAAGCCAGUCUUCUUUAUAUAUUUAAGCCUCUAUUACAUAUAUAUAUAAAUAUAUGCACACUAAUAUUAUCUCUAUAUUAAAGAACGCGUAAAUUACGCAUUGCACACAUACUUGACAUUAAGCUACAGCAAAAAAUUCUAGUUUAUUACGAAAAAAAAUUUAUGAUCAAAGCAGCAAUACUCUUGUAAAAAUGCGAUCAUGCAAAAGAAAUAGAAAAAGUUCAUUCAAUUGAACAUAAGAUAAAAUACGAACGUGAAGAAAUACAUACGAAAAUAUAAUUAAAGUAAACUUGAUUACAAAUUUGAUUAUAGUUGCAUGAAAACAUUAAUUUUCUCGCGUAAUAUUACAAUUUUAACAUUUUUACUUAAAAAUCCCCUUGUAUCUACAUAUUAUGCAAGGAGAAAGACUGCGUCUUUGUGCUGUGAAUGAACAUGAACAAUUUUAAUUUACUGCAUUCUUAUCAAUGUGGGAACAUCAAUUGCGAAUCACAUUUUUUAGAUAAAUUGCAUUAAAUAAAAACUCGAUUUAUAUACGCGCUGUACUUCUGGCCAUUAUUUUUUUACGAUAGGUACACAUUGUACAUACAAACAAUGUGUAUUAAAUUUUAAGAUCACGGAAUACUACAUCGCCAGUCCUUCGAUUUAGGUUCUUGAGCAUAAUAGCGGUCCAAGAAAAUGUAAUACGUGCCAAUAGCGACAAGUCCGUUAGAUAAGCAAAUAACUGGAUAAGCGAGACGCGGUCUCGCAGCCAAGGAGGUCUUACCUUAAAAUGCAAAGCAAAAUAAAAGAGAGAGAUAUAUAUAUAUAUAUGUACACACUUAUUUUUUGUAAGUGACUCUAACUAAUAUAUAAAUGGGCUAUUUAAUGAGAGUCCGCGUGAUUAUAUAAUAAGCUUGUAUCAUAUAUAUUGUAUAUCGUAUAUAUACCUAUACAUAUGCCACCACGGAUCUACAAUAAUUUCUAGUCAGAUGUCACUAUAUUUUGUGUGCGUACGUAACCUACGCGUUAUAUCGUAUAGCUUUAACAAGCUCUAGUCUUUGAAUGAUCUUCUCACCGUAAUGUGCAAUAAUGUAUCCGCGCGGUAUCAAUGGCAUUGUAAGAUACCGUAUCUAAUGUGAAAGAAUGUCUAUCCGAAAUAAAGACACCAAAUAUUUAUUCACGUAAAACCAA